AUGGCUGGUAUUCUUGUUUCUGACACAAUUGUAGUUUGUACAGAUGACAUUGGGGAUUGUAGUAUACAGCUCUGCAUUGGAGAUAUAAUUGAAAUACCAAAAGAGGAUAAGGUUAAUGUGCUUGUUAUUUCGGCUUUUCCAGAUGACUAUGUACCAACACCACCAUCUCUUAUUGGUCAACUUUAUAAUCGUCUCAACAUUGAUGUUCGGGUAUUGGCAAAAGAUAAGGAGGAAGAUUUAAGAAGUUUACAUUCUUGUUGGUGGUCAAAACCAUUGCCUGAUCAUCUAAGUUUUGAGAAAAUUCUUUGCUUUGAAGGCGGAUUCAAAGUUGGUAAAACUUCACCUCAAGUGGUUGGAGAUAUAUUUCGAUGUCUUGUUCCAGCAAUGGGCAAUGAAGAGACCCGUGUAGUGAUGCCCUUGUUAGCUGCUGGUGCUCAGAAAUUCUCCAAGAAACAGAUGCUUGAGGAGCUCGUAACGGCAGCAAUUCACUGGAUUGAGACAGGGUUAUCGCUACGCUGUUUAAAGAUUGUUUUACUAGAGAGAGAACACGAAAACACGGAGCUAAUACUACGUUUUAAAAAGAUGAAGGAAAGUUACCAGAAAGGAAGAAUGGAAAAACAGAAGGAACAUUUGAGCGAAUACGACAUAUAUUUAUCAUACUGCGAAGAAGACAAGGGGCGCACAGAAUUCAUUAUCCAAUGUCUUCAGAAGAACAGCAAGAGCAUCAAAGUAUUCUCAAAGUUGCAGGAGUUAGACAUGUAUGAAUCCUGGCAGCAGCAGUUAUAUGAUACGAUAACAAGUUGUAAACGUGUUGUUGCAUUAAUUACUCCUGCAUACCUGAAAUCGACAAGUUGCUCCGAACAAUUUAACAUCGCGUUGUGCCUGAACAGGAAAUUACAUCACAAGUUUCUCAUUCCAUUGUUACUCUCUCACGUUUCAUACAUGCCCAUGUACAUGGGAAUAACUCAGUAUAUUGAUUGCAGGGAACAUGACGCAGAAAAGAUUGGCGAAGCUUGUGUUACCGUUGUUGAACGUAUAGUGUCGUAUGGCGCUGACAACGUUGAUGCUAAAAGACUGACAUUUCUUGAACCACAUUACGAUGUAUUCAUGUCAUAUUCGCAUAUAAAUGAAGAUGUAGCAAAACAAGUAAUAAAAGAACUUCGCAUUUACCAACCUGACAUUAAUAUAUUUAUUGACACGACUGAACUUAAGGCGGGCAGUGCUUGGCAACAAGCUUUGUAUGAAGCUAUAGAACGUUCCAAGGUGAUGAUUGCAUUAAUCUCUGGCCAUUAUCUUUCUUCAAAAGUCUGCAUUGAAGAACUCAGCCUUGCUAUCGCAUUGCAAUGCCAAGGAACUGCAAAAAUUUGGCCAGUUGUGAUUGAACCAUUAAGCAAAAAUUUGCCGUGGUUGAAGUUGAUUUCACCUGUUCAAUGUUUCGUUCAACCGUCAACUGGAAAUUUUCCUGGCAUAGGUGGUCUGUGUAAAAACAUUCUCAAAGAUAUUAAUGCAUCAAACUGUCCGAGUGUUGAGAACGAGAAGACUGGAAUUACAGGAAUUCUUGAAGAUGUUCGUAAGCUUCUCACAUUCGAUUGUGGACAUGUUUCAAAUAUCGCAAGUGGAGUUAUGAUAUCUCAAGAAAGUGAAAGUCCACCAUUCAACCGUUCUCGUCAGUCGGUCCCAAACCAUGUUGAUAUUUACGUCAUUUGCUCUAAAGAAGACGCGAAAUACUGCCAAUUAUUUUGUAAGUUACUGAUAUCGCUGGAUCAAUCAUUGAUAAUUUAGAAAUCUUUGGAGGAAUCAAAUUCAUCACGCCUGGCUUAUCUCGAGACGUCGAGUUUAGUGAUUCCUCUGCUAUCCCCGAGCUACCUGU